UUGUGGUUUCCUUAGAAAGUGUAGUCGUGUAGACAAAAUAAUUGUUACAGUGUGAACGCCACGUUCCUUUUAACUCUGCAACAAACGCAAAUACAAUGUAAGUUCAAUUACAAAAAGCGUUAUUGAAUAAUCGUCAAACAGAGGGUGGCGGGAAAAGGCGGUCCACAUCAAAGCGGAACAAGAAAGGCGCUCGCUUGCAUUCAUCCUCAUUGGCAGUGAACUUGGUGUUAUUGAAAAGCCUCAACAUACGACAUUGAUCUGUUUAUUUAGUGUUUUGAUAAGUUUCAGUCACCUUUCACUAACAAAAGGUUCAUUUUCAACAUUACACAACAACCCUGCAACCCCCCAGCAAACAUGUCCAUGGCCCUCAAACAAGUCUUCAACAAGGACAGGACAUUCCGGCCCAAGCGCAAGUUUGAGCCCGGCACGCAGCGCUUUGAACUGCACAAGAAAGCGCAGGCGUCCCUAAACGCCGGCCUGGACCUAAAGCAGGCGGUUCAGCUGCCUCACGGUGAGGACCUCAACGAUUGGGUGGCCGUUCACGUAGUGGACUUCUUUAAUCGCAUCAACCUCAUUUACGGCACUAUCAGCGACUCCUGCACAGACCAGACCUGCCCAGUUAUGUCCGGGGGACCCAAGUACGAGUACCGUUGGCAGGAUGAACAGAAGUACAAGAAGCCCACCGCUCUCCCUGCACCAAAGUACAUGAGUCUGCUAAUGGAGUGGAUUGAGGUCCAGAUCAACAAUGAACAUAUCUUCCCCACUAAUGUUGGCACACCAUUUCCCAAGACCUUCAUGCAAGUAGCAAAGAAGAUCUUAUCACGUCUUUUCCGUGUCUUCGUGCAUGUGUACAUCCACCACUUCGACCGUGUGAGCCACAUGGGAGCCGAAGCCCAUGUGAACACCUGUUACAAACAUUUCUAUUACUUCGCUACUGAAUUCAGCCUCAUAGACCACAAAGAACUGGAGCCUCUGAAAGAGAUGACAUCACGGAUGUGCCACUGAAAUGGAGAACGGCCCCUCACAUUCCACACAGAUCAGAAGAACCACCCAAAAUUAACAAUUUAAAAGCAGAUAAAAUAGAAAACUUUUAAAGACUCUAUUUUUAUACACUUUUAAAGUAUUGUAAUAUUCUGUUUAGCAAGAGAGGUCUACAUUUCUGUAUUCUGAUGUGUAUACAGGCAUAGGGAGUAUAUUUUUAUUUGAAAUCAGUAUUACCAGUUAUUUUUCCAAAUUAAUUUCGGAAUUAUUCCUUUUUACCUGUUGUACUAUUAUAAUCUAUAACAUACAGAUUAUAUUUGUGGUUAUUUAUGUAUGUGGUUGAGAUAUUAAACCCACUCUGUCUCGUCUGUGGACCUUA